GCAUGCAGUGUACGAAUUCUGGCAGCGCAGGUGCAGGCUAGGCUCGAAGCCUUCGGCGAUCGUCGCGCUACCGGUACCCGAAACUUUCCCCAGAAAAUCCAAAUCGAACGGCACCUACGGAAAGCUUAGAAUUUCGGCUACAUCGCAAGCCCAAGAAUGUAAGCCAGAAACACCGUAAAUACAUUUAAUGCGACCUUUACUGAAAAGGUGUAUACUGCAAUUAACGAGCGUGAUUUAGACUAAUGUUAAUCAUGGCCGAUGGAAGUGGAAGAAGUCAGAGUAUCCAGACCAUUUUAAGGGAUAAUUUUACCAUAAUUAGUGAGCAAAUUGAAGAAUUCCAAAUGACACAAGGAGAAUGGCGAGAGUUGAUGAAAUCUCACAAGGAGUAUCUGAUGUUUGACAACAUCAUCACAAUGCAACCAGAGGCAGAGUCUAACUCUAAGUUUAAUAUGGGACGUCUAUAUUUCAAAGCUCUUCUUUGGUUCUUUGUGAGCUUAUUUCUGUCAGUGUUCUUCCUUUUCGCGCUGUUUUCAAAUGGAGUCAUUUCGGAGGAUUCUUUUCUGGGUUCUGUUCAUCACCACAUCUCCAAGUUUUAUGUUGAAACAUAUGAUGGUGCCUUUCUUGACAAGGAACAUUGCAUUAUGCCGCUCCAUGAAGUUGUUCAAGAUCUGUUCCGACCUCCUGUUUUAAAUUGCAGCAUGUGUGCAGGCAUGACUUCGGUAGAUAUACGCACCAACCUAACAACCGACGAGUUCAAGGCAAAAUAUGCUUACUCUAGUCGACCUCUUCUUGUGACGGAUGGAAUGGAUGGCUGGACAGCUGUAGAUACCUUCAGUUUUCAGUUCUUUCAGGAGGUGUAUGCCGUAGGCAGUAAAGCACUGAAGAGCGCAGAAGAUGACUGCCAGUUCUUCCCUUAUAAAACCAAUUUUGAGAAGCUUGGAGACGUGUUUAACAUGACAGUUGAUCAAGCUUAUUUGAGAGAUGGCCCAAAUUCUAAGCCAUGGUACAUUGGAUGGUAUGUCGAUCAAGCUUAUUUUGAAUUUGGUGUAUUUCAAUAUGAUUUUUUUUUACAUAGCCAUGGCCCAUGCAUUGGCAUGGCCAGACAGCUGGCAGCUGUCUGUUUUGAGGAGAUUUUAACAUUAAAAAAAAAAAUUAUCCUCGUACACUGA